AUGAAGCUAGAUGAUAUCAUAGAGAGGCUCUUGCUUCACCCCUCACACAACAGCGCCGCUGCUGGGGCUGCUGCUGCAGUAUCGGAGAAUGGCGCGGACCGUCAGCGCACCUACACGCGCCAGUCGCGUCUCACUGCUUUCAAAAAUGCACAGGCGGUGGAGUCGCCGCGGCAACUGCGGGGGCGAGCCGCGCUAUCGGAGAUAACGGAAGCGGAGGUGCGCCACCUUGUCAUUGAGUCACGUGUGCUCUUCAUGUCACAACCGAUGCUCAUCGAGAUUGCGGCGCCGGUGCGCAUCUGCGGCGACGUGCACGGGCAGUACUCUGACCUGCUGCGACUCUUCAACCUUGGCGGCUACCCGCCGGAGAGCAACUAUCUCUUCCUCGGCGAUUACGUGGACCGCGGCGAGCAGUCACUAGAGACCAUCUGCCUGCUGCUAGCGUACAAGCUGCGCUUCCCCGAGACAUUCUUUCUGCUCCGCGGUAACCAUGAGUGCAGCAGCAUCAACCGCAUCUACGGCUUCUUCGACGAGUGCAAGCGCCGCUUCAGCGUACGGCUGUGGAAGCAGUUCUCCGACACCUUCAACUGUAUGCCGGUGGCAGGCCUCGUGGAGGGACGCAUCCUCUGCAUGCACGGCGGCCUCAGCCCGGAGCUGACAAGCAUUGACCAGAUCCGACAUAUCCUGCGGCCGACAGACGUGCCUGACAGCGGCCUCAUCUGCGACCUGCUGUGGGCCGACCCCGGCGACUGCGACGGCUGGGGCGAGAACGACCGCGGCGUGUCGUGGACCUUUGGCGAGGACGUUGUGCAGGCGAGCCUGAAACUGUUCGACCUUGACCUCGUCUGCCGCGCGCACCAGGUCGUGGACGCGGGGUACGAGUUUUUCGCCGCCCGCCGUCUCGUGACGGUCUUCUCCGCGCCGAACUACUGUGGCGAGUUCGACAACGCCGGCGCGUUCAUGUGUGUUGAUGAAAGUCUCACCUGUAGCUUUGUGCAGAUCGAGCCGCUGCAAACAGUGCUGCAGUACACCUUCUAG